GUCUAUAAAAAUGUAGCUGAAAGCCUGGGAAGUCCUGACUGGAGCUCUUUGUGCCUCCUCUGCCCACAGGUGCUCCAAGUGACAGCUCCCGCUGGGAAGAUGCACUGGUGGAAAGUGAUGGCAGCCCUUCUGCUCUGCUCACUGCUGCUCAGCCAGAGCCACGGCGUGUCCCUGGCCCUGGGCCAGCCCCGCAGUCCCCGGCAGAGGAGGAUGACGCCCUUCUGGAGAGGAGUGUCCCUGAGACCCAUCGGAGCCUCGUGCAGGGACAACAGCGAGUGCCUCACCAUGCUCUGCAGGAAAAAUCGCUGCCUCCUCUCCACGGCCUCAGCGUGAGCUGGCACCAAGCACAGCCUGCACUGUUACUGCUGACCAUGGGAUGUAUUUAUUGACUGCUCAGGAGCUGGAAGGGCCUCGAGCAAUCAGGGUAUUUAAUAUUUCUGUCACAUGUGCUGAUAAAAGGACUUCAAGGAGCUCCAGAGCAUCUCCUCCCACAGCCACGCCUCAGGAGGCCUCUGGCCAAGCUCAAUAAAGGGGCUCUGCAUCUC